GGGGAAUUUGAAAACUCUUUCUUCCUCUUGUCUUUGGCGUUUCUUCCUCUUCUGGCUCUGGAUACUGAGAUCUGGUGGGAAUCUUCAGGCGAAAUGGGAAGAUUAUUCAAGAUAGAUCUCGAGGGAUCGGUUUAUAAAUGCAAGCACUGCGAAGUUGAAUUCGUUGUUUACGGAGAUCCUCCAAUCACAAGGAAUCUGCUAUUACAAUAUCCGCCUAGCCUUGGGAAACUAUAUUGCAUCACCAAAUGCUACAAUGUGGUGAUUGAUGCUGAUAUAAUGGAGUUCACUGUAAAUGGAAGAGUUGACAAGUCUAUGCGUCCAGUGUUCUGUAUCGGUUGUGGCUCUCAUGUCGGCAUGUACUAUGAAGGCGCAGAUGAUACAGUGAUGUACAAUGAAGGAAAUUUCUUCAUCAAUAGGUUUAAGCUCCAUGGACCACCAGAAGGAAGCGAUGAUGAGAAUCCAUCAAACCAGGAAGAAUAGUGUGUUUUUGAAGAAUGCAGAGGCAGGAUAUAUAGAUUCUCUGUUUCUUCUCUUCAUACUUUGCUACUUCUUUUCUCAAGUGAUUAGUCCUCAAGACCCUUUUAUUUGCUCCAUUCUUUUCCGGGGUAAAAGACAGUUGUAAGUAGCAGAAAAUAUUCAUUUUUCUUUGUGUUAUCUUUGUAGAACCAUAAAAUUCUCUUCUUUGACACUUUUUUGUACUUUUACAAUCUGAUCUUGCCAUUAGGGGAAAGAAUAGUGUUUAUUGCGUCUUCU